GUACUGCGAAGUAGAAGCAGCAGCAAAGAUUUUCCUUUGUGUUUGAGUUCUUGGAGCUAGCGACCAACAGAAAUGGCGACCGCCGGGAAGGUGAUCAAGUGCAGAGCGGCGGUGGCAUGGGAGGCCGGGAAGCCGCUGUCGAUCGAGGAGGUGGAGGUGGCGCCGCCGCAGGCCAUGGAAGUCAGAGUCAAGAUCCUCUACACUGCUCUCUGCCACACUGAUGUCUACUUCUGGGAAGCCAAGGGCCAAACUCCGGUUUUCCCUAGGAUCUUAGGCCAUGAAGCUGGAGGCAUUGUUGAGAGCGUCGGAGAGGGUGUGACCGAGCUGGUGCCGGGUGACCAUGUCCUCCCGGUCUUCACUGGCGAAUGCAAGGAGUGUGCCCACUGCAAGUCAGAGGAGAGCAACCUGUGUGAUCUUCUCAGGAUCAAUGUGGAUCGUGGUGUGAUGAUUGGGGACGGACAGUCCCGCUUCACCAUCGAUGGGAAACCGAUCUUCCAUUUUGUCGGGACCUCCACCUUCAGUGAGUACACCGUGAUCCAUGUAGGGUGUCUCGCGAAGAUCAACCCAGAGGCGCCCCUUGACAAAGUUUGUGUUCUCAGCUGUGGUAUCUCAACUGGACUUGGUGCGACCCUAAAUGUUGCGAAACCGAAGAAGGGUUCGACGGUAGCGAUUUUUGGUCUUGGAGCUGUGGGCCUUGCUGCCAUGGAAGGGGCCAAGAUGGCUGGGGCAUCAAGAAUUAUUGGUGUGGACUUGAACCCUGCAAAAUAUGAACAAGCUAAGAAAUUUGGAUGCACCGAAUUUGUGAACCCAAAUGACCACACCAAGCCCGUGCAAGAGGUGCUCGUGGAGAUGACCAAUGGUGGAGUUGACAGUGCCGUCGAGUGUACUGGCAACAUCAACGCCAUGAUUUCUGCCUUCGAAUGCGUUAGUGAUGGGUGGGGCGUGGCCGUGCUGGUGGGCGUCCCUCACAAGGAUGAUGUGUUCAAGACCCAGCCGAUGAACUUUCUCAGCGAGAAGACACUGAAAGGCACCUUCUUCGGUAACUACAAGCCGCGCACCGAUCUCCCCGAAGUCGUCGAGAUGUACAUGAGGAAGGAGCUGGACUUAGAGAAGUUCAUCACGCACAGUGUGCCGUUCUCGCAGAUCAACAUGGCGUUUGACCUUAUGCUCAAGGGAGAGGGACUGCGCUGCGUCAUGAGGAUGGAGGAGUAGACAUCACCUCUUCUUGGCCAUUUUCCUCGCUGCUUUUGGGAUUUGGUGCUUGACAAACUUAAGUGAUUUCUAAAAAAAAGACUUUCAUUGUUUAAUAAUGUAGUAUGUACUAGUCGUGAGAUAAGCAUGCGAUGUUCAUCUCUGUGAUCGGUGAUCGCAGAGAACGGAACAGCUCCGCUUUUUAUGUUCAAGGUUUGGCCUUAUUUUCAGUGUGGCGUGUGCUGCUUCCAGUCCGUGUGUAAAUUACUACCAUUGUGCACAAUAAUAAUAACUUGCAGUUUUUGUGUUAA